GGUGGCCACCCUGGCUCAAAUCUUGAAGUGCGUAGCGCUUCUAUUCGCCUGUUUACCUCAUUUGUAAUGAUGAUGUGAGGCCGAAACCGCUAGCUAGCUAGCCUAGCUAAAGUACUGAAGAGCCGGUAAAGGAUGGAGGGAAAGAGGCGUGUGUCGGGGGGUACAUUUUGAUAGCCCCCCCUUUUACUUAUCAUCUCCUGGCAGCGGUUUGUUCAGAAAAGCAGCCGUCACGCUCUCAUUAAGGCGCUAGCCUGUUAGCAUGCUAGGUGCAGGCUAGACUAGCUUUAGUGGGUUUCAGUGUGAUUUAAUAUGGCAGAUAGCAAAUUCAACACCACUCCUGACCGCUGGAAUAAUUUUCUAAUUUACCUCUACUUAAUAACCUUCGGUCGUUGUUCAUAGCACCGUGUUUUUAGGUCAGCAAACCCCGCCUGCCGUUGAAGACUCCUUAGCUAACGCUGGUGCUAACCCAAAAGUGUUGCCUGGAAUGGAGCCAGGCGACCUGCGAGAGAGCCCCGCCGGCUCCGGGGAAUCGGACGUAGGGGAAUGGAGGGAGUGUAUUGAGGAGGUCAAAGCUGCGGAAUACGAUGGAAAGACUCAAGAAAUGGCGCUCAGAGACACCUGCGAGGAAGGAGAGAGUGACAAACAGAAAAGCCCCGGAGAGCAAUUACACAGUCCGUAUGAAGAAGAGUUGGACCCCAGAAUCCAGGAGGAGCUGGAGCAUCUCAAUGAAGCCAGUGCUGAAAUCAACAAGCUAGAACUGCAGUUGGAUGAUGCCAGAUCGGGAUACCGGAAGAUCCUCACAGAGUCUGCCCGAAAGCUGAACGCUCAGAGCUCUCAGCUCGGCAGCUGCAUUGAAAAAGCGAGACCAUAUUAUGAAGCUCGGCGCCUUGCCAAAGAGGCACAGCAGGAGACUCAGAAGGCAGCUUUGAGCUACGAGAGAGCCGUUUCUAUGCACACAGCUGCCAGGGAGAUGGUCUAUGUGGCCGAGCAGGGCCUGCUGGCUGAUGGCAAGAACACCCUGGAUCCCACCUGGCAGGAGAUGCUCAACCACGCUACCGCCAAGGUGAACGAAGCGGAAGAAGAGCGACUGCGCAGUGAGAGGGAGCACAUGCGUGUCACACACGCCUGUCAGGAGGCCGAGGCGCGGGUGCAGAUGCUGCAGAAGUCCCUCAAGAGAGUCAUCAUCAAGUCCAAACCUUACUUUGAGCUCAAGGCCCAGUUCAACCACAUACUGGAGGAGCACAAGGCCAAAGUGCUGCAGCUGGAGCAGCAAGUAGCCAAAGUGAAGACCCGCUAUUCCAUCGCCCUGCGGAACUUGGAGCAAAUCAGCGAGCAGAUCCAUGCUCAGAGAGGGCGGGAUCCGGGCGAGGGGGGAGGACGCCCCUCUAUCUGUGCCGGGCGGAGCCCCCCUGUCGGAGCAGAAUCUGACAUCAAGGUUCAGGCUGAAGGCGGGGCCUGUGGCGGCGCCAUUGGAAGGGAUGGAGUGGACGCAUCUAUCGACCUGGUGGAGAGAUACAAGGAGAAGGAGCAUGAGAAGGAGAGGGAGCGAGCCGGCUCGGAUUCCCUUUCAGUCUUCAGCCUGCAGACCAUCGCUUCUGACCUCGAGAAAUACGACUCCGUCGAGCACCUCGGGGAUCUCAGCGAUGUGGGGAGCAUCACCGGGGAUGAAGGGGAGAAAGAAAAAACCGGAGUGACCAAUAAGAGAGACAAGCUGGUGGAAACGAGCGCCAAAGAGCGACAGCAACAGUUCUAUAAGCAGCACCACCGAAGCUUCAGUUUGUGAGGCUGUCAUAGAAACAGCUGCUGUAAACAAUGCAAAAAUAAAAACAGCAAUCCACAUUAGGAUAAACUUCCCUCAUUAAAAAGGUACCAAACAAGAGACAGGGAAAUAAGUGAAAAAGAAGGAAAGUUGCAGCAAUGGGUGUAAAUAAGCACACGCACAUUAUUCUAAAGCUGAACACAGUAAACAGUGUAGCCUAGUUAGAACACUACAGGAUCUACAGAGCUUACAUCCCUGCAGGACAAGUAUUCAGUAUAUUUACUCCUCUGAAGGAUUCUGGGAUUCUAGAAUUUGUUCCUUGAGCAUGAAGGAGCAGCUAAGAAAGAUGAAAAGUCUUGUUUGAACAGACAUAUUUAAAAAGGCAUCAUUUUUUGCUUUCCCAGGCUAAUCGUUGAUCUAACUUGGUGAGACUGGUAAAAACAUUCUCCCUCGUCCUCCUCUGUUGUUUCCUCCCAGUCGAGUCGAGUCUCAUCAGCGAUUGCUUCAAGGUAGAAGGUCGCAGGGCCCCUGAGAUCCCCACCUCCUUAUCGAGAAGGGAAGAAUGUAAAAAACGUUUCUUUGUCGGUGCAGAGUGAAAGCAUGUUUGAAUUCUUGUUCCAUGUAUUUAUUUCCUGUAACAUGCUGCAAGUUGUGCUUUUUUUGGAAGUUUUAGCACAAGAGAAUGCGUUUUUUAAAAUCCCUGAAAUGAGUCUUAAGGCAGCAUGCACUCCAUCAUUUCGUUUUUUGAGCGCUGCUUGCUGAAACAAACACUGACACAAUCAGCCUUAUUUGUUUUAUUUAACUUGGUGUCGUAACACUGGAGUGUCAUGAUCCAGAUGAUUUGGAUAUUGUUUACAUUUGUGUAUAUUUUUUGCCCUUGUUGUAAUUUGAGGUGUGCCUUGACACAAACAAAUUUAGCUUGAGUCGUAGUUUGUUGUAAUCUCAGUUUGGAACCAUUUAAAUAUGAAGUGAGUGCCCUUUUUAUGAUUUUAAAAUAUUUUUAACAACCUGACUGAUUUUUGACAAGAAUUGAAAGAGUUCUGAUGAUGAUUUUUUUUGGUUCUUUUAUGAUUGUACUUUGUCAAAGAAGCAAAACAAUGAAGUCAGAAAAGAAAGACUUGUAAAUUUGUGUAAUUAUUACAAAGCUGGAAAAUACUGACAUGUACAGAUGUUGAAUCUUUGCUGUACAGAUGUUCUGAAUAUCACAGACAUAUUUAAAGUCUCAUUAUUGUCAGUUUAUCCGAAAAACCUCACUUUUCACCGCUGUCUUAACAGUUACUUUUCACCCUCUGAAUCGCAUUUGUGAGUUAGUCGGAUUGGAUUGUCACACCUGUAAUCAAUAAAAGCAGAUCCUGCUG